AUGGAAAAGGAGGCUAGUGAACAUAACACAUCUAAUCAAGUGACAAGUGAUAAUCAAACAUCAAGUGCAGAUAAUACUUCACGAACUGGUACAAGUGGAGCAUCUUCAGCCAGUGCACUUACUCAAUGGGCUUUGUCUGCUUUGUCAUUUUCUACUCGUAUUUUACCAUCAUCAUCAACAACGACAACUACAGCCACGACAAAAUCGUUUGAUACGGAUGUACAAUCAACGUCCGAUCCUUCAUUAUCAUCGUCAGCAUCACAACUCAAUAGAAACUCAAAUAGCUUAGAAAGAAUUGAAGAAAAACAGUGCAGUAAUAAUACCUCAAAGUCGACUGUUAAUCAUGACAAAGAAUCAAAUUCAUGGGAUCUUAUGGACAAUACUAAUAAUGAUGAUGACGGUGGUGAUGAUGAUUGGAAUUUAGAUAUAAAUGAUGUUUUUGAAUAUGUAGAUGACAAUAAAUCAACAUUAAAUCAUAACUCAGAAAAUAAAAAUGGUUAA